UCAGACUUCAGCUCCAGACUGCUGGACGCUCCGGACACCUGGACAGAAGCCGAUCAUCUGCAGACAGAGGAAGUGAGCGUCUCGUCUCAGGCCACCAUGUCCUCCGAAGACCUUCCUUUGAUCUUUGAGCCGUUUGAAGACAUCACAGCACCAAGAGCAUCAUCUGGACCGUCUGUCACCAUGACGCCAGCGCCCGUAACCGUGGAGCGGAUGGUGUCCAUGGAUACGGAUCACACUUCCUCUGAUGUCCGUCUCUCAGGAACGACAGAGCCAAUCACAGAACCCCAUCCGGAAGCAGAGCAUCAUGGGACGACACAACAGGAGCCUGAUGAAGAUGAAGAGGAUGAGGAGGUGGACUCUGAUGAGGAGGACAGCGAAGAGGACCUGACAGAGAGCACCAUGGCCCCGCCGUACAGCCUGAUUCCUCCUCCUCCCGUCUGGGUGCAGCGGAACCAGGGCCUGGUGCGGAGCUGGGUGGAGCUUAUCAGAGAGAAGGCUGGUUAUGUGUCAGGGAUGUUGGCUCCGGUGGGGAUUGGGAUCGCUGGAGCUCUUCUUCUGGUCGGAGCUCUCUACAGCAUCAGAGCGAUCCAUCGCAGGAGGAACAGCUUCAAACACCAGAGGAGGAAGCCCCCCAGAGCAGUGCGCAGCGGACCAGACAACGCCAUGCUGCUGGCCGACAGCUCAGAAGACGAGUUCUGACCAGAACCACCUGUGCUUCACACA